AGUAGGUCACUAUGUGCAAAACUCAUAGCUUUUAUAAAUUUUAGUUCAAAUGCAUACAAUUUAGCAUAAAAUUUGUUGUUUUUAGCCAUAAAGCGAAAAAUUGACAUAUGAGAAGGUCAAAAAUGGCAUGGAGCAACAACGUUCGCUUGUUUUUAAAGCUCUCGACGCAGCGUUGUCAGUUCUUGAGUGUGGGCUCCAAAUCCGAGGCACCCGGAGGUCAGAAACCAGGAAUCUUCGAGUCCGACAUCCUGGCGAGUACUUCCAACGCCCGGCACAUGGAGUGCCUGUUCGCCAAAUGGAUCAGGGACAAAAACUCGAUUCAUGGAACCUGGCAGCAUUUCUUCAAGGAGUUGGUAAAGGAACAAGUAGACACCGCAAUGACCACUCCUAAGCUAUACCAUCCCAGGCCCAACGAUCCCAAUCUUAGUGGUAAAACUGAUUUGUAUGAAAAUCUUGCAAGACACAUUCACGCUUCUUCGCUUUCCAAUCAAGAAAUGAGCUUUCAGGAAAAGGCCAAGUAUAGUACCAGCAAUGUCGGAUCCAUGGAUAACCGUUCAGAUAAGGUGAAUUUUUCAGUGCCUGUGACGAGCCCAACAAUCUCCCCACCGGUACUGAAGGAUCCGUCAAGCACUGCGAAAUCGGACUUGAAUACUUGUGUGGUUCGUCCUCAAAAAGAGGACAUGGAAGUUCUUUCACUUUCAACGGAAAUCAGGACAUCUGGAAUAUACGACCAUACGAAAAUUGGCAGAAAAAUUCCCUGCUUCGUUUUAACGGCAAAGGGAGUGGCAGAUCCGUUUUCCAAAAAUAUGACUAGGAGAAUGUCCCAGAAGAAGCCACCAAAAGAACCUGUACAAUCAUCAUUAACGGCGGAAAGAUCAAAAAGAUCCAAAAAUCGUCGCAACAAAUUUCAAAAGAGAUACAGUUCCUUUGAAACAUUUCUAAAAUAUUGGAAGCAAGCUUCCAAAAGGGAAAAGUUUAGGCGGCAUAAUGGCCCAGUAAUGGUUGUAAAAAAACGCUCAAUUGGUAAUUCCAAGCCAAAUAAUACCAUGUGCUUCAAAAGCUAUUACGAAAAGAGGCCUAACCAAAGAAAAGAAAAGGUGCCCGAAACCAUAAGUAAACAGGAAAUUAAAGUGCCUUCAAAACCCAAAGAGGAUAAGCCAAAGGACCAGCCAGAACUAGAUCCUAUGAAAUGUAAUAAAACUCCAUUAAAUGCUUCCCAAGUAGAGGAUAAGGAUAAAGAUGUGAAAGCUAGGGAUAACGCUUCAAAGACCAUUGAAACAGCCAAAAAGUCAACAAUGGUUUCUGAGGAGAGCAGAAACACACGUAUUCCAAAAAACAAAAGUGAUACAUAUGAGACCCUUGAAGAUCUAAUCGAAGAUAUCGAUGACAACACCUUAAAUGAGGAUUCAAUUCAACCUGAAAAAGCCAAAUUCGUAGAAAGUGCUUCUAAAAAGAUGCCUGUAGAAUACAAAACAUCUCUACGGGUUUUUAGACCAAAGGAAAAUGUUAAACCGAAAGCUGUUGACCAAAGUUUAGAUGUCAAGCAAAAACCAGCUUUAAAGUCGAAAAAACCAGCCUCAAAUAAACCGAUACCUGAAACAUUUAGACCUUUGAGGGUUUUCAAUGCCGAUCAGAAAGUCAUCCCUAAAGAUGAAGAUAAGUCGUGGAUAUAUUGGGAUGAGUUAACAGUGAAAAGUCUGCGAAAACCAACUCCAGGUAAGGAGAUAAGCACCUCGAAACCAACAAGUUCAAAGAACUCCAAGGACCUUAAAUAAAUGAUCUCCAAGAUAGCAAAGCUAAAGAAUC